GCGGGAGUUUAAACAAACGGAAGUGACGUUGUUGAGAAUUCAAAGUCAACUCUUUUGAGUCUGCACGGAUUUUGGUACUGCAGGGAAAUGACUUUGGGUUUGUUUCUUCGGUCGUAAGCAAUCUGCAGUCAUUUUUAACGUUUUAUCGUUUUUCCCCAAUAUCACGUCAACAGUGCAAUGCAGUCGAUACGACCGACUUCUUAGCUAGCUCGGCUAAUAAGCUUAGCUGCUAGCUGCAUGUUGCUACAGAGACAUGUUUACCAGCGUACCGCCAGAACAUGAAGAGAGGGUUGGUAAAAUUAAGACUGAGCCCCAACGAGGAGGCUCAGUUGAUACGCGAGGAAAAGGAAAGGAGGAGAAAACUGCGAAUACAACAGGUUCGUGAGCAGCAGAAACUCAUCGCCUUGCAGAUGCGCCAGAAUGUGGAGCAGAGACGGCACAGUGAGUUGGAGCAGCUGGAAGAGGAGCUGAGGGAGGAAUGGGAGCGAGAGCGGAACGAGAAACUACUCGCGCUGCAGGCGCUUUAUGAGCAGAGUCUCCAACUCGUCGGGCAAGGACAGAGGAUGGCCAAAGAAAAUGAACCUGACCUGGUGGCCAUCGCUCAAAAGGAAGCAGAGAAUCAUGCGAAAGCCGCAGCGCGCUUUCGAGGAGCACUCAUUGAGCUAAAAUCACAGCGGCUCAAAGAAACAGAGCUGCAAAAUCGCGCAAUCAACGCUAGGAAGAAGGCAUUGCAGGUGGAGAAGGCGAGAGCAGCAAAAGUGGCCAGCCUGCCCCCACCUCAGCCACACCCAAUUAUGGUGGAUAUUGUUCCAGUGGCACCGCAUGUCGGAAAAAAGUAUGACGCCGGUGCCUCUGCCUACAUACACUACCGCAUGCCCACAGCCACAGUGGACAGGGAGGAGGACACAGAACAGAGUUGUCUAAAGUGA